CAGAAAACACAGCGCGCGCUGCAGUUCCUCUUUAUCGCUCCGGUGCGGCUCAAUGAGGCGCAGCUCCCAAAACCCAGACCCGCCUUUUACUGCGCUGGACCUCUCAAACUACACACCUCACAGAAAUCAUGGGUUGUAAAAAAUCCAAGCUUGGCGAUGAGCAGAGUGGAGGUGCGCUUGGUGUGAAGAAGCGUGAGCCUGUACAUCCUGAAAAAACGGUAUAUGUGAGAGAUCCAACCUCCCCUAAACCCCAUACUAUAAAUAAUGCUCCUCCAUCAGGACUCCUACCUGGGCAGAGAUUCCAACAAAUGGAAGAGCAACAGGAACAUGGCAAAAUAGUCGUUGCUCUGUACCCGUACGACGCGAUCCAUCAAGACGAUCUGGGAUUUAAGAAGGGGGAGAAGCUGAAGGUUCUUGAAGAGCAUGGCGAAUGGUGGAAGGCAAAAUCUCUGAGCACAAGGAAAGAAGGUUUCAUCCCCUCCAAUUACGUCGCCCAGGUCGACACCAUGGAGACAGAGGAAUGGUUCUUCAAAGAUAUCACAAGAAAAGAUGCAGAGAGACAACUGCUAGCACCCGCUAACAAACCCGGUUCCUACCUCAUCCGAGAGAGCGAGACAUCCAAAGGAAGCUACUCGCUGUCCAUCCGAGAUGUGGGUCCUCAGGGUUCAGACGUUGUAAAACAUUACAAAAUCCGGAGUCUGGACAACGGUGGCUACUACAUUUCUCCCAAAAUCACAUUCCCAGAUAUUGUGAAAAUGAUCCAUCAUUACCACAAGCAAUCAGAUGGGCUGUGUCGUAAACUCGAGAGGCCAUGUGAAAAGCCAAAAGCCCAGAAACCAUGGGAUAAAGAUGCAUGGGAGAUCUCAAAAGAGUCCAUCAAGAUGGUGAAGAAGCUCGGGGCGGGGCAGUUCGGAGAGGUGUGGAUGGCGUAUUACAACAACAGCACGAAGGUGGCGGUGAAGACGCUGAAGCCAGGCACCAUGUCAGUCGAGGCUUUCCUGGAGGAAGCGAACCUGAUGAAGACGCUUCAGCACGACCGACUCGUUCGCCUGUACGCCGUCGUCACCAAAUCCGAGCCCAUCUACAUCAUCACUGAGUUCAUGGCUAAUGGCAGCUUGUUGGAUUUCUUGAAAAGCAGCGCCGGCUCCAAUUUACAACUUCCCAAACUGAUCGAUUUCUCUGCUCAGAUAGCAGAAGGCAUGGCCUACAUCGAGAAGAAGAAUUACAUCCACCGAGACCUGAGAGCCGCCAACGUGCUGGUGUCUGAGAGCCUGCUGUGUAAGAUCGCAGACUUCGGCUUGGCCAGAAUCAUCGAGGACGACCAGUACACAGCCAGAGAAGGAGCAAAGUUCCCCAUCAAAUGGACUGCACCAGAGGCUAUAAAUUACGGUUCCUUCACCAUCAAGUCUGACAUGUGGUCCUUUGGGAUUCUCAUUUAUGAAAUAAUCACGUACGGGAAAAUCCCUUAUCCAGGAAUGAGCAACAGUGAGGUCAUGUCCUCCGUGCAGCGUGGCUACCGCAUGCCCCGGCCUGAAAACUGUCCCACCGAACUGUACGACAUUAUGAACACCUGCUGGAAAAAUAAACCUGAAGACCGACCCACCUUCGACUACAUGCAGAGCGUCCUGGAUGACUUCUACACGGCCACUGAGGGCCAGUACCAGCAGCAGCCAUGAGCCACAUUCCUGUGCUUCCCUUGCACGCCGCUGCACCCACAUUAUUUAUACUUAGCAGAAGAACAGCGAUGCAUUGGGAAGAAAUCAUGUAUAUAUGUAAAUAGGAAUAAUAUUUUUUGCAUCUACCAGCUUGCUUACAUUUAAGCAAGAUCAAAACAGUUUCUUCAAAUUGAAGUAUUAUCUGCUUGCUUGUAAAAUGAUAAAAAUAUAAAAAUGCUACUUGUGAUUUUACAUGAAAUUUUCCUCUCAUUUUUAGUGACGACUGUUAUAAUCAUAAUCCUACUGUUAAAGAAGACUGAACUACAUAGAGCUAUGAUAACGAUGAGUUUAUAAUUCAGCACAUUCAGAGAGCAAAAUUCCAGGACAUAAUUAAUAUAAAUGCAAAAAUAUAGAGUGGCUGCAAUUUCUGAUAUCUCCAGUGAGCAAAAAUCCAGCAUUGUUUCAUUAGCCUGUAUUAUAAUUGCAACUAAUUUAUAGAAUCCAUAACCAUUAAUUUUCUCUAAAGCUCUUAAUGUCUUUGCAUAUACGGUCCAUUUCUUCUUCUUCUUCUUCUAAUUCUUUUUCGCAGUUGUAGGCAAUACCAUUACUCUUGCAACGUUAUUUAAUCAAAAUUCUUUGAUGUAAAACUUUUUUCAACAUCUGAACUUUGAUAUUUGACACUUGCAUUUGUUAAUUACUGUAAAUCCAACAAAAAAGCCUGUCCAAACAGAGCAGAAGUAGCACCGAAACAUGUGACUUAUGCCAUCAUUUAUUUAUCUGAAAAACCCAUUCUGAAUGGUCAAAAUAUCUUCAUCCAAUUUAAAGCAAAAAAAAGAGCCAAAAGAGUUAAAUCUGCUUGGUUAGAGGAGUCCAACGAUAUGACACACUGCAAAAAGACCGAAUUCCCAACACUACCUACUACAAAAUCACAUUCCAAUACUGUAUUUAACUUGCUCUUGAGGACUUCCUCUUGCCGCUUCCCACUAAAGGGAUGAUUCAGUAAUAUUAAUUUCUUGUUAAGUGUAGUUUUAUAAAUGAAGGCAGACAGAUUGAGUCAAAUAUCAUCUGAGGAGUAAAAUUUAACCAGAAGAAGACAAUGUGAUUUGAUGCAAUUUCCUUUUCAAAACAAUAGUUUGUGAGCUAUUUGUUUUUUACCAUGGUUUGUAAAUGUUAGAUAAAAAUAUUUAAAAUAUAUAACAUUUACAGCAGGGGCCAUGGUUUAACCCUGAGCUGCAGUUUCUCAUGAAGAAUGUUUUUUUUUUUAGUGGAACUUGAUUUUUUUUUUAUUUAUCAAUGUUUUAUAAGGCAUAAUUUGCCAUGACAGACAUCACAAUACUGCACUGAGGUGAUUUUUGAUAACUCUUGGGAUGCUCAUGGUCAAACAUUAAAGGUUUAGAGGCUGGAGCGUGUGUGUGAGCCUGCUUACAUGGCUUACUCUAACCAAGAGCAUCAAGUUCUGUAUUCAUUUUAAUGUUGUGUUAAUACAGGUCAUGGAAAAGUGAAUAGUGUAUAGUAUGAAGUACAUGAUGCACUGAGGUUUGAGUAGGAACACAGGAACACAUGGUUCUGCAAAAUAAUAAAAAAAAAAAGUAUAAAAAAAAUCAUUUUAAGGGAGACUGAUGCUGAAACUGUUCUGAAUGCUGAAAUAUUUUAAGUUAAUGCAGGUCCUGUGUUGCUGUUGUUGUUAUUCAGUUGUAAUUAAAUCUACUUGUCUGUCAAUCUUAAAUAUUGUUUGUAAGAUUGUUUGCUGUACAUAAAUUCACUGUGUAGAAAUAUUAUACCUGCUGUUUUGAUAUCAAUGUGCUGUACAUUUUUUAAUAAACUGAUUAAACUUUGAA